AUUUCUGAGAGGCGUGGGCUGAACGAGAGUGUUACGUUGUAUGUCUUGAGGGAUAUAAAAACCGUUGGCAAUUGCCAUCGGCACUUCAGUGCUCCUCGACUAUCCUGCAAAGAAUCUCCCAAAAAAACAAAAAAAAACAUGGCUCUCGAACGUCAAGUCCGUGCCAAGAUUGCUGGCAAACGUAAUCCAGAACAGGAAAAGGAGGCCCAAGAAUGGAUUGAAUCAAUCAUGGGAAAAAAAUUCCCAGUCAAUGAAACAUUUGAGGAUGUUAUUCGCGAUGGACAAUUACUUUGUCAUUUGAUGAACAAAAUUUCACCUGGAUCAGUGCCCAAAAUCAAUUCAACUGGAGGACAAUUCAAAAUGAUGGAGAACAUCAAUUUAUUCCAGAAAGCUUUGAAAGAAUAUGGAGUCGAUGAUGUUGAUGUUUUCCAAACAGUGGAUUUGUGGGAGAAAAAGGACAUAGCACAAGUCACAACAACUUUAUUCGCUUUGGGUCGUCAGACCUAUCGACACUCAGACUGGAAAGGACCUUAUUUGGGACCAAAACCAUCCGAAGAAUGCAAACGUGACUUUACAGAGGAACAACUUAAAGCCGGACAAACAAUUGUUGGUCUUCAAGCUGGUUCCAAUAAGGGUGCAACUCAAGCUGGACAAAGUAUGGGAGCAACUCGUAAAAUCCUUCUUGGAAAGUAAUUUUUCAACCCUCUUCCUCACCUUUCCUUCUCCCAUCCCUCAAAAAAAAAAAAAAAAAUCCGCGCGUAUUUAAUUUUAUAUGUAUAUAUAUAAUAUGUUAAUCUAAUGUUUAAUUAUAUUUAUUUUACCUUUUAUUACUGAAGAAUAUACAAUAUGUACACUCUCUCUAUAA